AAUUUUCAGAGGAUGGACAAUGAAUGCUUGGAAAGCAGGUAGCUGCGCGUUACUUCUUUACUUGACGCUUCUGUCAUGUGGUACAGAAAUAUCCGGGCACUUAAUAAAUGCACCACCGAACAGCGCUAAAAAUGCUGUGAAGGAUUAUCCGGAGGAUGCACCGAAAUUUAUUUCCACACCUCAACAAGAGAUGGGACAACCUAGAAAGCAUUUCAAAGAAAGCAGGGUAGAUGAUCGCGACAUUCACGCUGAAGGAGGUAGCUCGGAAGAGGACGAGGAAGUGGGAAAGGAGGAAGAACAGGAUGAUCUAAGUGACAGUGACCUAAGCGAAGAGAUGGAUGAUAAAACCAACCGAAAUUUAUCUCCGGUACAACUUCACGAUUCGGUAGAUUCAAAGGAGCCGAAAAAUGAUGCCGUUUCUGUUAUCCAUAAUUCGUUCAUUAGUAGGAAAACAUUCAGUUGUCCAAAAAUCAAAAAUGAUUUCGUGACCGGUACCGAUACGGGUGAUUUGAGUCCGGAAGAUAUUGGAAUCAUUGCCGCAAUGGGUGAUUCCCUUGCUACCGGAACAGGACUAUGGCCUCAAACGGACAUCGAAUUUCGUGGGGCUGCAUUCCCAAUUGGUGGUGAUGCAACCAUUGAUGGGCUUGUUACCAUUGCCAAUAUAUUGCACGAAUUUAACGAUAAGUUGAUUGGUGUAUCGCACGGUAUGGGUACAAAAUUUCAGUUGCCUUAUCAUCAGCUAAAUGUUGCGGAAAGCGGUGCUACUUCGUCCAGUGUACCUUUACAGGCGAAAGAGUUGGUCAAAAGGCUCAAUGCAUUACGCGAAGUAGAUAUCAACAGUGGAUGGACAAUGGUCAUUAUCACUAUUGGUACUGAAGAGAUCUGUAAAGUUUGUCGGGCUCCUGACUACGAUGCUCUCUUAGAAUCCCUGCUCAUCCUGAAUCAAGGUAUUCAAAAUGCGCUUGUGAUACUUGUUGGACCAAUCCAUGUUUCAUCCUCUUAUCAUCGAGAAGCUAACUUACUCAAGUCUCGUUGUGCUUGUUCCAUGGAUAAAUCCGACAAGUUCAUGAAAGAAUUAAGUAAGGAAUGGACUAAGGCAUUUGUUCGAUUACAGGCCCAUUUUGAACAGCCAUAUAUCAAGCGACAAAAAUUUGGUCUUCUGGCACUACCGAUGCUAACUAUUACAUCACGUUAUCCAUCUUCUUUGUUUAUUCCAAAUCGUCCACUUCUAAACCGAAAAGGACAUACUUACGCUGCAAAAUGGUUGUGGAAUCGGCUUAUUACUGGACCUACCUACAACCUUUCAUCAACGGUCCUUUCUCAGGAUUCAUAUUACUGUCCAUCGAUGGGAUGUCCAUAUUUCCGAACACCAGCAAAUCGACAGUACUGCCGGUUGCUUCGUCAUGUCGAUAUGGAAAAGCAAAACGAAGGAAUUGCUGGUAGACCGAUGAGGAGAUCAAGACAGAAGCUGUAUGCAACAGCUGGUACCGUUGUGCUUAUUUGUUUUCUCACUGUGUUGCUCAUUGGUACUAUACUUUAUCAAAAGAGUAAAUAUGAAAAACGCAUUAGGUACGGGAAAAGUUUAUAUAUGGACAAGGAAGGAACAUUGGAUUUAUUAACCGUCAAGAACUGAAUGGAGAAUUCAACUGAAGAGAUGAGGAAUAAAGCUUUUUGCGAUAAGCAAAAAAAGCAACUUUGACAGCCUUAUUGUUGUUUUAAACAAGAGCUGUAUCGAAAUUUAAUUUUGUUUGUGAUAAUUAUGAGCAACCACAAAAAAUAAUAAAAG